AUGGCGCUCGUCGGAAACAUGAUCGCUGAUGCGAACGGCGGCAAUCCAUCAAUCGUCAACUAUGUCAUGUUCGUUUCCGUCUUCGGCAUGCUGUCGCUAUUCUACCUCAUUGCGGGGACCAUCAGCGAGACCUUCGCCAUCUCGCCAUUCUUCAUGAUCGCAGCGGAUGCACUCAACACCCUCUUCUUCCUCGUUGGUGGUAUCGCGCUUGCCGGUUACCUCAACGUGCACAGCUGCCACAACCAGAAUUAUAUCACGAGCAACGAGGUCACUCGAGGAUCAAACAACGAUACAAAGAGAUGCCAAGAAGCUCAAGCGGCGACUGCAUUUCUCUGGUUCGGUUUCGCCGCGUUCCUGGGAAGCUUGGUGUUCUCGGGGCUGUCGGCAAGGAGUGGUGGGACGACGACGGGCAUGCGCGGCAUCCGAAGAGGUGGGCCCGCUAUGUCCCAGGUUUAG